CAACAGAUUCUCUUGGACUACACUUCUACUUCUUUAAAAUCCAAAAAUAUUCUAUUUUUUCUUUUUCUCUUCCAUUCAAAUUUUUGUGAGUAAAGUUUUAUUUUGUAUCUGCUCGAAAUGAGCAGCAAACAGUUACAGUGUGAAUUGUAUCCCCGUGUACGAAACACGGAAUAUUAUCGGUCGCCCGAGCCGAGAGCUUCCAUACAGAGUCGCCAGGCCGAGCAUCCCCAGGAGAGAGGAUAUCUGCCAGCCAUUCAGAAUCUUCUGUUGCCGCGCGUCAUCCCCGCCCAGACCUCAAAUAUGCGCGUGCAGCGCGACAGUUACUUCUCCUAGGAUGGUCGACUGCAGUUGAAACUGUUCGUGGCGUCUAGUUGAUGAUAGGUGUUUAUCUUUGAUUUUUUUAAAAAUUGAUUGUGGCACUUUUUUUUCGUACAUAAAAUCUGUAAUGUAAAAUCAAAGACGCAGC